UCGCGACGCAAACGGCCCUGCUCCGCCGCCUGCCACCGCCGCCCGGGCCACGAGUGGUUCACGGAGCUGCGAAGUCAGAUUCCAGAAGCCAGGAACCCACAUCUCCAAUCCAAGACGAGAUGUCCAGCAAAGGCUCUGUGGUUCUGGCCUACAGUGGUGGCCUGGACACCUCCUGCAUUCUCGUGUGGCUGAAGGAACAAGGCUAUGACGUCAUUGCCUACCUGGCCAACAUCGGCCAGAAGGAAGACUUUGAAGAAGCCAGGAAGAAGGCACUGAAGCUCGGGGCCAAAAAGGUGUUCAUUGAGGACGUCAGCAAGGAGUUUGUGGAGGAGUUCAUCUGGCCCGCCAUCCAGUCCAGUGCACUGUAUGAGGACCGCUACCUCCUGGGCACCUCGCUCGCCAGGCCCUGCAUCGCCCGCAAACAAGUGGAGAUCGCCCAGCGGGAGGGAGCCAAGUAUGUGUCUCACGGCGCCACAGGAAAGGGAAAUGACCAGGUCCGGUUUGAGCUCACCUGCUACUCACUGGCCCCUCAGAUUAAGGUCAUCGCCCCCUGGAGGAUGCCCGAGUUCUACAACCGGUUCCAGGGCCGCAAUGAUCUGAUGGAGUAUGCAAAGCAACACGGAAUCCCCAUCCCGGUCACCCCCAAGAACCCAUGGAGCAUGGACGAGAACCUCAUGCACAUCAGCUAUGAGGCUGGAAUCCUGGAGAACCCCAAGAACCAAGCACCUCCAGGCCUCUACACAAAGACCCAGGACCCUGCCAAAGCCCCCAACAGCCCUGACAUCCUUGAAAUCGAGUUCAAGAAAGGGGUCCCCGUGAAGGUGACCAACGUCAAGGACGGCACCACCCACCGCACAUCCCUGGAGCUCUUCGUGUACCUGAAUGAAGUCGCGGGCAAGCACGGCGUGGGCCGCAUUGACAUCGUGGAGAACCGCUUCAUUGGGAUGAAGUCCCGAGGUAUCUACGAGACCCCAGCAGGGACGAUCCUUUACCAUGCUCAUUUAGACAUCGAGGCCUUCACCAUGGAUCGCGAAGUGCGCAAAAUCAAACAGGGCCUGGGCCUGAAAUUCGCUGAGCUGGUGUACACAGGUUUCUGGCACAGUCCCGAGUGCGAAUUUGUCCGCCACUGCAUCGCCAAAUCCCAGGAGCGCGUGGAAGGGAAAGUGCAGGUGUCUGUCUUCAAGGGCCAAGUGUACAUCCUCGGCCGGGAGUCCCCGCUGUCCCUCUACAACGAGGAGCUGGUGAGCAUGAACGUGCAGGGUGACUAUGAGCCAGUCGAUGCCACUGGGUUCAUCAAUAUCAAUUCCCUCAGGCUGAAGGAAUAUCAUCGCCUCCAGAGCAAGGUCACUGCCAAAUAGACCGGCUGACGAUGAGGAGCCAGGCCUCCUCCUUUGCCCAUCUCCCAAGUACAGGCGCUAAUUGUUGUGGUAAUUUGUAAUUGUGACUUGUUCUCCGCGGCUGGCGGCCUAGUGGGGGUGCCAGGCCCCAGCUUUGUUCCCUGCUCCCCGGUGGCCUGCCAAAAUGGUCAUCAGAGGGAGGGGCUGGGGCGGCCGCAGUGGGGAGGUGUAAAAUGACAAUUAAAAAAGGAUACAUGAGAUUGUUUCCUUAUUUCUGCAGCAAGGGUGUGUGUGCGUUGUCAGUCUCGCUCUUCCCACACCGACCUUUGUGUUUUCUGAGUUAAGCGCUGCCAGACCCGUCUUUUCAGGGGAACCUGUUCCUCUGGAAGGAUGCGACACUUUCUCCCCCAGCAAAACCCAGGGGACCCAGAUACGCGCCCCUGGGUCAGCCUGGCAUUUUGUCACCCACUGUGGCCCCGUGCCGCGUCACGGGAACCAAGGAGAGUUUGGGUGACAUGCUGGAGAGCUGUCCUUCCGUCGCCCACGGAGAACAACCGGCAAUGGCGGCCAUGACGGACCCCACGAGACUCCCCCCACCACAGCACAGCGGCCUUAAGUAGCCUAAGUUGUGGAGGAGGAGGAGCCCCCAGUAAGAAGAAAAGCCUGGACAGAGAACAGAAAAGGACAGGCACAGCAUUUAAACCCAUACUCUUGGGGGGAAGCCACCCGGCCUACAAGGUUUCCGCUACUGCACCUCCACCAACCAGCGCCCAAGGCCGCCAUGUUGGUGCAGUGACUCCGCCCCCGCAGUCAUAGCUCAUUGGACCGUGACUGGGCACCUGACCCAAGCUGAGCCAAUCAGAAUCUCACUCCCAGGAACUGGACAGGGGCAAAUAGCCGGAAGUGAGCCCAGGUGUACUUGGGCAGGAUAGGAUGCCCAGUACCCAGGGAAGCAGAGAGAGGAGGAAGGAGGGAAGAGUGGGUUCCAGGUUUAGAACCCCAGUUCUCAUCCUGGUAUGAACUGUGGUGCUGGUGGCAUUUUGUUUUGGCGACUCCGUGCCCACCGCAGAGUCCAGCGCAGGGCCUGAACUCAGGUUCCAAGAUCAAGACCUGAACUGAGAUCAGGAGUCAGACACCCCACUGAGCCAAUCAGGCGCCCCAGUGCUGGUGGCAUUAAUGGUGGCAUUUCUCCAUCCGGAUUCUGUAAGACACCCUGGGGUUCUCAUAACCAGUUGUCAUUUAGGGCUUAAGCUUGAUGAGGGAGUUCCUGAUUCUUGGAACCAGAAGCAUCUUUACUGGGAAGACUCAAGUGCUGGUUAUUCUGGGCCCCGCCCUGGUUCUGAUCACUGUACUGCCUUUGUCGAUGAGGGUUUCUUUCCAAACAGGUUAUGUCUUGAAAACGUAUUUUUCUCUAAUUAUAAAAUUAUAAAUGAACUACUCGAUAUUAAUUUUGCCAAACACUUUGCUGUACAUUUUAUGCACAUCAUCUCACUUGCUCUCCAAAACAACACUGAGGUAGAAACUUCCAUCUCCAUUUCACAGAGCAGGCAACAGAUGCUGAGAAAUUGAUUUGCCAAAGGCCACUCAGCUAGCACGAUGACAGCCAAGAACCAAACCCUGGCCUGGCUGACCCCCAGAGCCUUGUUUAUGUCCUGAAUCCUCAUCAUGGGCUUCAUCUUACUAAAAAAAUUAAAAUCUUAUGGCCAAAAUGAUC